AUGUUCAAGGAGGAUCAGCACUCUGAUAUGAGAGCUUUUCAGGGCUGCUUAUUCACCCUUGGUGUCUACGUGGCACUCAACUCUCACCUGUGGCUCCAAGAAGCUGUAGAAUCCUUCAGUGGCUGUACCCCAGUAAAUCAUCCUGGCAGAUGGACUCUACCAGGAUUAGCAAAGUUUCAAGGCAACUAUAUCCACAGUCGGGACUAUAAGAGUCCAGAAGCCUUCAAAGGGAAGAGAGUGCUUGUGAUUGGCCUAGGGAAUUCUGGGUCAGAUAUUGCUGUUGAACUCAGCCACACAGCAUCACAGGUCUUUAUCAGCACCAGAAGUGGUUCUUGGCUAAUGAGUCGUGUUUGGGAUGAUGGUUACCCUUGGGACAUGGUGUAUAUAACUCGGUUCAAAAAUUUUCUCUGGAAUCUCCUCCCUAACUUUGUCUCUGAUUGGUUAUAUGUUAGGAGGAUGAACUCACGAUUUAAACAUGAGAACUAUGGCCUGAUGCCUUCCAAUAGGACCUCAAGAAAAGAGCCUGUGUUCAAUGAUGAGCUUCCAGCCCGCAUCAUGUGUGGUGCAGUGUCCAUCAAGCCCCAUGUAAAGGAGUUUACAGAGACUUCUGCGGUGUUUCAGGAUGGGACACAGUUUGGCCCCAUAGACUCUGUCAUCUUCGCAACUGGCUAUGGUUAUGCCUACCCUUUCCUGGAUGACUCGAUUAUCAAAAGCAGAGACAACGAAGUGACACUAUAUAAAGGCAUCUUCCCUCCUCCUCUUGAGAAGCCAACCCUGGCUGUCAUUGGCCUCGUCCAGUCGCUUGGUGCUGCCAUCCCCACGGCUGACCUACAAGCCCGCUGGGCUGCCAAAGUCCUUACAGGUUCUUGUACUUUGCCUUCUUGCAAGGCUAUGAUGGAUGACAUUGAUGAGAAAAUGGGAAAAAAGCUCAAGUGGUUUGGCCAGAGUCAGACAUUACAGACUGAUUACAUCACAUACAUGGAUGAACUCGCCUCCUUUAUAGGAACAAAGCCCAAUAUGUUGUGGCUUUUUCUAACAGACCCCAAACUGGCAGUGGAAGUUUACUUUGGCCCCUGCAGCCCUUACCAAUUUCGUCUGACUGGGCCAGGAAAGUGGGAUGGAGCCAGAAAUGCCAUCUUGACCCAGUGGGACCGGACAAUGAAGCCAUCCAGGACAAGGGCUAUCAGCUGUGCCCAGAGACCACAGCCUUUUCUCCAUUUGCUUAAAAUAUUCUCCUUCUCUGUAUUCCUUCUAGCUAUUGUGCUUGCAUAUCAUUAA